CUCCCUUUCCUUUGCUGCUGCACUGUGUCCUAUUUUAUAUUUGUCCUAUUCGCCUUUACUUUCGCAAUUCCUCACACACACAUAUAUAUACAUACACCCCUUUUCAGCUAUUUUAACAUCUUAUUUUUCGUUCAUAGGACUUGACCAGAGCACGCAAACCAAGCAAACACAUUAGAGCAUGAGCGAGUCUGGGCUUUAUGUCGCAUACGCGGCAAUUGGCACUAUGGCAGUUGUGCCAAUCUACUACGGGUCGUUUUCCUCGCUGGACCGCUUGAAGAGUGCGCACAGCAAAAAGAAGGAGCGCAAGCAGUUCGAGGACUUUUCGGACUCUGAAGACGAGGACGACGAUGAGAGCGAGGCAGUAACGACCGAGGAUGCCUACAUGUUCCCAGUGUACGGGUCAAUUGCGCUUUUCUCGAUGUACAUGGUGUUCAAGUAUCUGAACGCCGACUGGGUCAACUUUUUGUUGUCUGGGUACUUUGCGCUUCUCGGUGUUGCCGCGCUGACGCAGCUGGGAGUGCGCGUGGUGAAGGGUCUGACAGGCGUCAAGCUGCCGCAGUACCAUCUGAACCUUGUGCAUCGGUCCAAGCCAUUGUUCGACGUGCGGUUCACCAACCUGCAUCUGGCGACACUUGGCGUGUCGGCCAUACUGACGGCGCUCUACCUGUGGUCGAAGAACUGGCUGGUGUCCAACCUGUUCGGGCUGGCGUUUUCGUUUUCGGCGAUCAACCUGAUCCGGCUCGACUCGUUUAAGAGCGGGAUGAUCAUGCUGGGCGGGCUCUUCCUCUACGACAUCUUCUGGGUGUUUGGAACCGAGGUUAUGGUCUCGGUGGCCAAGAACUUUGAUGCGCCCAUCAAGGUUGUAUUCCCCAAGGAGCUGCUGCCCGCCGACGGCGUGCUCAAAAUGACCAUGCUCGGGCUGGGCGACAUUGUCGUGCCCGGCAUCUUUGGCCUGCAUCGCGGCUUCGGCUUCCCCACGCCGUACUUCAACUCGUGCAUGGCAGCAUACGUGGCUGGGCUGGUGACGACCAUCACGGUGAUGCACACGUUCAAGGCGGCCCAGCCCGCUUUGCUCUACCUGUCCCCGGCAUGCAUCCUGUCGGUUGUGCUGACGGGUCUGGCGCGAGGCGAGAUCAGCCAGGUCUUUGCGUAUGCCGAGGAGGCCAGCGAUAAGAAGAAGGAUGAGCUCAACAAGAAAAAGAAGGAAGAGGACGAGACUGCAGCAUCAAAGACAUCUGCGCAUCGCCAUAGCCUGCGCGGCCUGGACGCCAAGUCCGUGGACGUGCCCGCAGCGAGCGGCGGUGAGCUGGCCGAUGACGAGCAAGAGAACGUCAGGUCGUCCGAGGUACUCGACAAGACAGUCAACGCAAUCUCCGAGACAUCGGAUAACGAGUCUGAGCUCGCAAAGACAAGCAGCGGCGAUGACAAGAAGAACAAGAAGAACAAGAAGGGCGGCAAGGCCAAGGCAAACAAGAACGCCAAAAAGUAAUUAAAUUGCUUUAAAUUGAUCUUGAUCUUGGAUUAUAUUUUUUUUUACUUUUCUGCUUCUUCAAAGCGGAGCGCUGGAUUUAAACUUGAUGCAGAGGAGAGAGAGAGAAUUUGUGAUCUCCCGCAGCAUUCUUCUUUGGGUUCGGCGUCGAUAAUUACUCAAGUUUGUCGUCACUUUUUUUGCUGCUCUA